CCUUAAUUGAAAUAGCUGUAUGUAUAUACAUUUUAUAUAUGACUUUUGACCUUUAACAAUCUGUAACCUAUCUGCAACUUCAACAGUCCGCAACAUAUUGUUGACUAGAUGAUGAUAAACAAGAAGCAGAGGUCAGUGAAGAGACAAAAGAUAAGACUGAUGAUACUGAAGAUAAGACUGAUGAUACAGCAACAACCAAUGACGUAGCAUUUCCAGAGCAUGCGCAGCAAGAUCAACAGGCUUAUUUGGAGCCUAUCCUGGUUGCCAUGGAGCUUGGCCAGGAGAUACUACAAGGCAAUACUGGUGAUGAUGAACAAACGACGGUUAGUAGAGGAGAUUGACAGAUAUGUAGGAAGUCACCAAAACUGGUUUAGUUGAUCUCAUGUGGAACCAUCUGAAAAAUGGACGCUAAUGCCUAAGAAGUUUGUGUUUCUUACGUACGAUUUCCUUAGUUAAAAAUGAUGAGCGAAAAGUGUUAUAUUUGUUGGAACAUAGUAAAUUGCUAGCCUGCGUCACAUAGGCUCAUAAGCAUUCAUUUUUCAGGUGGCUCCACACUUCCAAUUGUUACUAAAAAGCACAUCAAGAACAUCAACUGUACAAAAUUCGUUGAUUUUUGGAAAAGUACUCACUCGCUAUUUAUCUCUGUAUACUAGGUUGAAGAAUGCAAGAAUAGUGACAUAGCAAUGGAGGUUGACCAGUCGGAUAAUGUAACUGUCACUCAAGCUGAUGGUACGACUUCUAAUGUAGUCACUAUUACACAUGAACAGUUAGCUAACUUGUUUGCCAGCUCUGGUGCUGGUGCUGCUGGUGGUAAUGUAAUUGUAACGUCACUUCCUGAUGGUACUGGUACCCAAGCUGGUUUAUCAAUAGCCACCAUCUUACAAGAUGUUGUCUCUGGUAUCCAGUCAGGUUCUACAACAAAUAGUAAUACAGCGACCAUACAAGCCGAUACAAGUGGUGGUUCAUACUAUCUUGUCACACAAGGUGGUACCAUACCUAUAGUGAUGCCAUCAAAUGGUGCCGGUAGUGGGGUAGCCAGUAUGAGUCUCUUACAGGCAACCUCUGGUGAUACAGAAUCAUUUGUUGUAAAUCAAGAUGCUCUACCUGGAGUUUUGACUGCAGCUGUUCAAUCUGAUGCUUCAGGUAAAUAAAAGGUGUACGAGCUUUGGGGGUUGUUAAUAUGGAAGCAAUCUGGUAUCCAAGCUACAAUCAUGGACAAAACUAUUAAUAAAAUUGAUCGAAAUAUUAGGAAAUUGUAUUCUUCAUUAGCUUUUUGCCUAUGUUCCUAUUAUUUUUCCCGCAUUUUAAUAGUAAUUUAACAACAUUGUUCGUGGACCCAGUCCUAUUUGUUGUGUGUGUGUGUGUGUGUGUGUGUGUGUGUGUGUGUAUUAUAUGAAGUCUGUCUCUUGGUGUGAAUCCUCGACAUUGGGAAACAAGUUGCAUAAUCACAGCGUCUUAAUUUCUUACACAACAUAACAUGUUUCUUUGUUAAGGUGAUCCAGAAAGUGUAGUUGACACGUCUAGUAUGACUGGUGGUCUUGGUGAAUCAAGUGAUCACGAAUUAGCCACAGCUGCAGCAGCCGUAGAGAAUGACAAGAAUGGUCUGCAAGAGGCUAUUACCACUGCACCUGGUAUGAUAUAUUUAUACUGGGUAUAAGUACUCCAAUAUAGGAGUGUCCAGUUAUAGUUAUUCUACAAUAGGCGGUUUAAUAAGGGUGAUCUAUGAAAGGCUAUUACCACACCAUCUUGUACCUUUGUUGGAGAGUGACGAUUUUGUAUUGGUCAUAUGAAGUGGACUACACGUAUCGACUAUAGGAAUGUUCGGUUUACCGAUAUAUUGAAAAUAUCGGUAUUGAAACCAAUAUCGGUUUAUCGGUAUGAGUUUUUCAGUCAUAUUUCCGAUAUAUCGGAAUUUUUCGAUAUACCACAUCCGGCAUAUGGCGAAAUCGUCAAUUUUUGUUUUACUCAAAUGCAAAGUAAAAGGGGGUAGGUAUUUUUCGAGUUAAGCCCUUCGAGUUAAGCCCCUGCCACGCCCUUUUUCGCCGGGGGCUUAACUCAAAGUCAAUUAACGAUUUAAGCAUUCGAGUUAAGCCCCAACAUCUGGUGGAUGUAAACAAGUGACGCGUGUAUACUCGCAAAAAUAUUAGCAAAUAAGGAUCGAGGGAGAAUGUAAAAUUGCAGCAUUUUAAGAAAUAUAUUUUACUAUAAGAUCUCUGUCGCUUAAUUUGCCUACAGUUUUAUACAGACAAUGAAAUCGUGAAAUGAGGGAACUCAAUAAGGAUUUGUACUAACAACAGCUCAUUCAGGGCGGCAAUUACGGCUUUAAAAAAUAAAUAAUAUAUAGCGGCACUUGCAUGCAAAUCUUAGGCAUGUUCAUAUGGAGGCAAGCUACCUUCCUAACCGAUUUACUCGCCAACGAUCUAUGAUCUAUGACUAGAAUAUUAUGUAAACUCGUUUAUAGUUUUCCGUUGACUAUUUACAUGACAUAACCGAGUAACUCAUCUUGCCAAGAACCCGUCAGAGAGAGAACAGACAGGAAGGAUAGUAGUCAGUAAUACCGGCAGCCGGUCACGGUUAUCGAAAAAACUAAAUGAUUGUCAGUCACUAUAACAUUGCAGUAAUAUAAAAUGAGUUUUUUAGAAGGACUUCAGCGAGCUCGACAGCAGCUCAGAAGGUUCGGCGUGCGACUGCUACGUUCUAGCUCCUAGGUUCGAUCCAGCUUCAGAACGUAAUUUUCUCGACUUUGCGUUAGCAUUUUUACUUAAAACUUGUUUUUAACAUUUUUUAAUUUUCAAUGGUUUUAGACUCAACUCUCAACGGUGAAGAUAUGCGAUUCUGACUAGCAAUUUUUAUCGGACUCGUACUUGCUUAUUUUUUAAUUUAUCCAUUUGGCAUGAAGAACAUAUCAUUCGACAGCUAAAAGCCUGAUCUUUCCAAAGAUGAAAAAAAUCUCGUCCAUACGCAGAGUAAUUCAGAUACAAUAGCGCGUUGAAGUUCGAUUACCUUUUUUUUAUACACCCUGUAUAUUAUUUAUUUUUUAAAGCCGCAAUUGCCGUCCUGAAUGAGCUGUUGCAAAUCCUUAUUGAGUUCUCUCAUUUCUAGGGUAUCUCAUUUCACGAUAUCAUUGUCUGUAUAAAACUGUAGGCAAAGCAACAGAGAUCUUAGUAAAAUAUGUGUAAAAAUGGCUGAAAUUUUACAUUCUCCCUCGAUCCUUCAUUGCCAAUAUUUUUGCGAGUAUACACGCGUCACUUGUUUACAUCCAUCAGAUGUCGGGGCUUAACUCGAAUGCUUAAAUCGUUAAUUGACUUCGAGUUAAGCCCCGGCGAAAAAGGGCGUGACAGGGGCUUAACUCGAAAAGGGCUUAACUCGGAGGGCUUAACUCGAAGGGCUUAACUCGAAAAAUACCUACCCCCAGUAAAAGAAGUAGACAUUUGUGUUAAAAAGUCAACAGUUUUGAAAUUAUCAUAAACGGUGACCUUUCCACUUUUCAAAUUAUUCAAAAUCAAAAUUUCCUUCAAAUUUCCAGUGAGGAAUAUUUCUAUCUAGCUAAUUUAAAAGGCGAAAACCGGUAAACCGAUAAUAUUAGUAUACUUUUUCCGGUAUACCGAUACCGGAAAAUUCUCAUACCGAACAUUCGACUAAUAAUUAUCACUUAUUUACUGAGACCGAGGUCUCAGUAAAUAAGUGUUUUGUAACUUUUGUUAUAUAGUAUAUAAGUGUCAAAGUAUGAAUAAUUCACCGGUUAUUGGAGUGAACUUUGAAACCAAAACUAGCUAGAUAUAAAAUGGAACGCCGUAAAAAAAGUUUAAUAAAAUGAACUUUGGAACUUCACGGUUGACGCGCACGCGCACUGCACCCAUUCUAUUAUUGAACGGUCAAUAAUUAUUUCAUUGCGGACCGGUUGCCCCCUCGCCAAAGCAUGCAUUAAACAUGAUGUUUUGUGGACCGGCACGUGAUACAGUAUUGACCAACGGCAAACAGAAAAAUUGAACUUUGACACAAACUAUAUAACAAUAUAGUGUUGUGUCUUGUCGAUUUUUACAUGAUACUGAGUUCAAAGAUUAUGCAGACCGGUCUCAAUUGAGCCAUCCCGCGAGCUACAGUAGGUAUAGAUUGAACCAACUACUGUUUCCAGGUUGGGACGGAUUUGCAGCAGGAUUAACGUAAGUAUUAUCGGGUCGGUCUACUACAUUUUUGGUACAGGGCUGAUAAUACAAAACUGCAGACAACAUUAACAUUGUUGAUAGUGGAUUACAUUUUCGAAUUACGAGGAAUAUACUAAAAUAAUUGCACCCUGUUUUCGUGUAAACAUCUGCCGCACCCUUUUGAUUUUCGUCCCAGUCAUUUGCUUACUGGUAAUAUCUUCCUGUUUCUUUUCCCAGUUCCUGUUGUAAGUACUACUGGAAAACGUCGUCUCAGCAAUGGUCCUCGCGUAUGUGAACAGUGUAACAAAGCAUUCAAAUAUCCUUCUGAUCUGAAGAAACAUUUACAGAUUCACACUGGUAAGUUCGCAAUAUACAUGCAGGUUAUAGCUGCUUGUGCCAGUGUUACCAAUUGCAGUUGACCUUAAAAUUAGCCCAUGCGUGACAUCUGCAUGGAGGACAUUUUUAAUCAUUACUCGGUAGGUGGAAUAAUGUACUUCACAGGGCUAUAUUUUUCUCAUUUUACAACAUUUUGCAACCAAACCUUGCAAUUUUACUAAUUUUAAGAUGCUCUUUCCAGCUAUAUAUUUGCGUUACGCCCGGGAAAAUUAACAAUUUUUUCCGCGCGUAAUACAAAUAUAUACAAAAUUUGCGAACUUCGCAGGGCUAUAUUUUCUUCAGUUUACAACAUUUCGCAACCACACUUUGCAGUUUUACUCAUUCUAAGAUGCUCUUUCUAGCUGUGGUGUUGGAUUUCGUUCUUCUUGCCCAGAUCAAAAUUUAGUCUAUAUAUAGUUACCUUUAAUUAGAUGCAAGCACUCGCUGCGAGCGUGCGAGUUCAGUUUCGCGACAAGUGGAAAGGUCCUUUAUGAGCCGUUCAUGCAGCAAUAUCUAUUACUGAAAAAUCUGCUUAUUCUAUGACUUGCUUUGAUUGUUGUAUUUAGACAUCAAGAAGUUUAAAUGUGAAGAAUGCAACCGUUUCUUUCGUCGUCUUCACCAACUCAUUGUUCAUCAACGUAUUCAUACUGGAGAGAAACCUUAUAUCUGUAAACAGUAAGUCUUCUGUCUUGGUGUAGGGAAUUUAAGUCAUGGAUUUACUGGGGAGGGGAUACGGGGGUUGCGCACCCUUCCUAACCUUAUCGAAUCCAUUUUCUAUUUGGAAAGACAAUAUCCUACCAGCCUUAUCACCAGUGGACCAUGUCUGGGGCAAUGUUUAGCCAACUGCCCAUAGUGAUUAUGCGCUAGGUCAGCGGUCGCACCCCAACUGAUGACCAAGGCUUGAAGAGCACGCCCAUCACAUCUGCCUGGAUCCAUCCCUGGUGAAUUCUGCCAUAAAGUUAUGUGUGGAAAUUCUAAAAUGAUCCAAAACAUGUUACCAAGGCAAAUCUUCCUCAACAUCCAGAAUCCCGAGUUUCCACUUUCUUUCCAGGUUUACUUUUCAUAACACUUUAUAAUAAUAUAUUAUUCUUUUUCUUCCAGUUGCGGUACGGCGUUCCGACAUGACUCGACGUUAACGAUGCAUGUACGAACACGACACGAGCACAAACGACCGUUCAAAUGUGAAUACUGCGAUCACACGUUCGGACGGCUUUCACACUUACGAAAACACAUGAAGAAAGUAUGUGGGCCCAACAAACCUGAGAAACAGGCUACCAUGGUCAUCCAAUGCAAGUAUUGUGAAGAAAUAUUCCCAAGUAAAAUUGAGCUACGUAAACAUCUGUUAACAUGUGAGAAGAAAGAAUGUAAACCGAAGGAGCCGAGUCAAGUUGCUUUACACGUGUGUAACAUCUGUAAUAAAGAUUUCGCUAGUCCGUACAAUGUUCGACGACAUCAACUUACACACAGUGAUGACAGACCUUACGAGUGCCAAUACUGCAGCAAGUCUUUUAAAGAGAAAUCGUCGUUAACAAAACACGUCAAACGCGUUCAUUUAGAGAAAGAAAAAGAUGAAUCAUGUGAGCUUAUGGUCAGUAUUACUGCUCAUGACCAGCAGUUUGAAGUGGUAUCUGUACCUGCAAAUGAUGAAAGCCUCCUCGCAAGUGCUAGUGCUGUAUCGUCAGGUAAUGAAAAUGAUGGCGAGAGCGUUGAUCCUUCAGCCUUAGUUCAUGUUGCUGCUAGUGUCAUGGUGGAGGAGCUGUUACAUAGUGAAGAUCAAGUACAAGAUAAUCCUGUCACAACAUCUGAUACAUCCUCGCAACAAGCUAUCUUCAUGACUGAAUCUUGCAAGUCUGAUGUGAACGAAGCUGAUUCCUAUACUGCUCAACUCGUAUCUGGAGAACCUAUGAAUUGUUUAACCGAGUCAGAGAUCAACACAAGCGAAAAUUUGCUCCAAGAAGGUACCGAGGCAGCAGAUGAAGGUACUGUACCAGGAGACGAGAACGAGGUUCAAGUGAGUAGCACACAAUAUGGUGAUCAACAUGAUUCUAAGAAGAAUGAUAUGUUGGAUGAUGGUAGCCCAGUUGAUGAGCAUGCGCAGUCCAUGGAGAAUCCCGAAAAUGAGCAAGUUGUCGCAUCCAGUGAUAGUCAACUAGAACAAGCCGCUGAAUAACAUAUAUUAAUAUAGGUUGGAUUUUAGAUGGCGCUACACUUGGUGGUCAACUUGAUCAUGAUGAUGUUAGUUUCCAGUAUGUAUAUUCCCUACUAGACGCAAUUUCGUCACUGUAUUUUCCUUUAGUGUUGACCGCCAUGUGCUGCACUUUUCCAAUAAGUGAAACCCAUUCCGUAUUUUUAGGGUCUUUUAGACUUGCAAGAGAGACAUAUUGUUAUAAAUAACCUUUUUAUACUUUGUAUUAUUAUGUGUCGUCUCUUUAGUUAUCAACAACUCGUUUGUAAGUGUAAGAUCGUAAUUUGUAUGAGUAGGUAAUAGUUCUGCUAUUUAUGCUAGACUAUUCUUAUUUCUUGGUUUACGGAUCCGUCGACGUACCGUAAAAGUCUGGAGAGAAAAAUUGAAAAUAUACCUCCUCCGCAGGCGACUCGGUGGAAACAUCGGGGAAAUUACGCAAUGGGGGAUUGGUGGUUUUGUGGGUUAUAAAUUCGUGUCUCGCUGUUUAUGAAUGCUGAGCCCUAUCCUUACUAUAACCCUACCUUACUAUAACCCCUUACUAUAACCCCUUACUAUAACUAUAACCCCUUACUAUAACCCCUUAGUAUAACUAUAACCCUAACCGCUGACCCUAACUCAUGAACAGCGAGACACAAUCUAUAUCCAUUUUGUGGCACCAUGAGCACCGCUGGUUCAUGUAAACUCGUUCACGUGGUUGGACCACCUAAAUUGAACAAACUCGUUUGAAUAAAAUACUACUGCAAUAGAAUAUAAAAGAUUGAAUUUGGUUUUGCCGUAAACAUAAUCAGACACUCAGAAAGCUUUUUGUCAGCCUACCGACCAUUCUUUUUGUGAAAAAAUCCGUAAUCCAAGGAAUAUAAGUCUGGCCUUAUGGUAUAGUGUGUACUAAGGAUGAUGAUUAUUGAUUACAGAAUAUUUCUGUUUACUCGUACGUUCUUAAUAUCGCUGCAAUUGUGUUUACUCUCCAAUCGUGCCUCACCCAAACUGUUUUCGUACAAGCAUACAAACACUAUCAU